UGUAACAAUGAUAUUUUUGUAGCAUAAUAUCUAUGGUUGCAACGUGGUAACGAACAAUCCUGUGCCCUCAUAAUCUUUGACAUUGGGGUUGAAUUUUCAGAGCAGUGUUUAAAGACUACAAGAAUGUGACAGUGAUAACCCUUCUUCCUACUUCCAAAACGCUUCCGCUGUCAUCUUAAAGAAACACACCGCCUCUCAUCAAGCAUCAUCAUUAUUUUAUUUGAUAUUAUUGGAGUGGAUCGGGGCGAUAAAGUUGGUAUUGUGAUAGGCUGGGGCGGAUUAGAAUGACCCUGAUUCGCUGUUGUCUCUGAACCCUUUCUGGCACGUAACAAAGGCUCAGCGGUGACUGUCACUUGUGUUCUACCAGCUGCGACACUCGGUGCUCGAUUGCUUUCGACUGUAAGGACCAUGGCGGAUACAUGGGAUAAUGUUACAAUUCCUGAGUUCAACUCCCUUCUUCAAAUGGAUCCUUACCUCAAACAGUACGAAAAGGACUUCAGGAGGAGGUAUGGGCUGUUUGAGAAGCGCCUGUUCCUCCUGGAGGAGGCAGAAGGGGGCUUUGAUCAGUUCACUAGAAGCUACAGGACCUUUGGCGUGAACCGCAUGGCUGACAACAGACUGGUGUUGAGGGAGUGGGCCCCAGCCGCGGAGGCCCUGUUCCUUACUGGAGACUUCAAUGGUUGGGACAACUUCUCUCACCCGUACGAGAAGAAAGAAUUUGGAAAAUGGGAACUGUGUCUGCCCCCCAAGCAUGACAAGUCACCAGCCAUCGAACACAACACCAAACUCAAGGUUGUGGUCCACACGAAGAAAGGAGAGCGUCUGUACCGCAUUUCACCUUGGGCCAAGUACGCCACCCAGGCCGAGAAACAAGUCCUCUAUGACUGGGUCCACUGGGACCCUCCGCAACCUUACCUGCACAUCCACCCUCGCCCCAAGAAGCCCCAGAGUUUACGGAUCUACGAGUCCCAUGUGGGCAUCGCCUCACCUGACCCUAAAGUCGCCUCCUACACCAACUUCACAACCAAUGUCCUGCCUCGAAUAAAAGACUUGGGGUACAACUGUAUUCAGCUGAUGGCUGUCAUGGAGCAUGCAUACUAUGCCAGCUUUGGUUAUCAAGUCACAAGCUUCUUUGCUGCAUCCAGUCGUUACGGAACACCAGAGGAGUUGAAGCAGCUGAUUGACACCGCCCACUCCCUGGACAUCGUCGUCCUAUUGGACGUGGUCCAUAGCCACGCCUCCCAGAACACGGAGGAUGGGCUGAACUCUUUUGAUGGCUCCGACUCCUGCUUCUUCCACUCCCCUCCGCGCGGGGAGCACGCUCUCUGGGGCAGUCGCCUCUUCAACUACUCCAGGUAGGCAUAUAUCGAACUGUCCGUCA